ACGGGCGCACGCUGGGAUCCACCACCAGAAGGACGACAGCGCAUCGGCGGUGCACACGCUCAAGAUCCCUCCGCCGCGACCUACAACCCCUACAACAACCCGCCACCACCCGCACCCAACACACAGUACUACGGCGCACAGAACUCCUCCUACGAUCCCUCCAACUACGGUCCGAGUCCCCAGGGUUCCCUCGCCAUGGGCAGCGGCCUUGGUUCUCGCGGGCGCACACCAAGCCCAACGCCGAGCGAGCACGCAUCGCUCCAGCAGAAGAGCGCCUUUCCGAUCAUGGACAGGGUCAAGAAGAUCAAAGCCGAGCCGCGCAUCCUCCUCAAGCCGCGCUCUAUCAUGUGGAUAUGCAUCAUUCUCGUGCUCAUCGUCCUCGGCGCGCUCUUCUACUUCUACCACACCCAGAUCGUGCACGCCCUCCAGACGCCCGCCAAUAAACUCAAAAAUUUGCCCGGCGGAUGGGCCAUCAUCAUCGCCAUCUUCUUCGUCAUCUCGUUCCCCCCUCUCUUCGGCCACGAAAUAUUAGCCAUCGUGUGCGGUCUCGUCUACGGCGUCUGGGUCGGCUUCGCGAUUGUAUCUGCCGGGACGCUCAUUGGAGAACUGGGCAACUUCUAUGCGUUCAGGUACAUGUGCCACGCUCGCGGCGAGAAGUGGGAGCGCGAGCGGAUCGACUACGGCUGCAUCGCGGGCCUCGUGCGCGAGGGUGGGUUCAAGAUUGCGCUUAUUGCGCGGUAUAGUGCUAUUCCGGGACACUUCACGACCGCGGUGUUCUCCACCGUCGGCAUGUCCGUAUGGAUCUUCCUCAUGGCCGCCAUCUUGUCGCUCCCGAAGCAGUUCGUCACUGUGCUCAUCGGGACGCUCAUGGAAGCUAACAACCCGAGCACGCGCGACCGUAUCGCGAGCGACGUCGUGGGCGUGGUCACCGCGCUGGUUACUGUUGCUGCGAUGUGGUACAUCAACAAGGAGAUUAACAGGGUCAAGCCGGCUGUUAUAUAUGCGAGGCGGAAACGCCGCCAAGCUAAACUCGAAGCCUCGGGAUCAUCAUCUCUGGGCCUGAGCGGCAGCACCCUAUACCAGUCCGGCGGGCUCCAAUCGACGACCGACUUUACGGGGUUCAGCGCCGGGUCCGGGCCCGGGCAUGCGGAGCAGAGGGAGCAGAUUGUGCCGCUCACGAGCUCGUUCGAUGCGCCGCCCGGCGGCGGGUUCGGGCACCAGCAGUGGGACGCGCAGGGCCGGGCGGUGGGGUAUGCGGGCGAUCCGCGGUUUGAUCCCCCGGGUGCUGCAGCGGCGUCAACGGUGCACGCGCCGCAGCCGCAGCGCGCUGCUGUCGGGCCGCCGUCGUUCCCUGCGCCGUCGAAUAGUCUGAGUGUGCACGCGACGGGAAGACUCGGUGGGCAGGGCCAGGAGAGGCAGCUGAGCGCGGAGACGGUGCGCUGGGAGAACGCGGUGCAGCCCGAGGCGAAGGGGAACUAUAGGUUGAACUCGAUGUCGCCCGUGUCGGUGCUUGACAAUCCGUUUGGGGACGACGGGGAGCCGUCGGCGUUGCCGUAUGCGGCGCCUUCUGGGCCGCCGCUGCCGCCGCCUCCGCAGAGGUUCGCGUCGCCGCCGCCGUUGUCGCCGUCGCCAAGGACUGGGAAUACGCCGAAGCCGUAUGCGGCUGCUGCUGCUGUGGUGCCGGGGUCGCCGAGAGGGAAGGGAGGGGCGAGUGCGGGGGGAGGGGGAGGGUAUGGGUUCGCAGCGCCGCAGCAUAGCUUUGGGAGCGGGCCUGGUACGGCUGCGUCGCCGAAACCGCAGAAGCAGGCGUUUUCGCCGCCGCCCGGGCCGCCGCCUGGGUAUCAGGAGGACGGUGGGAUUCGGUAGGGAGCGGUGUAGGGAACGUCGAAGUCUGACCCUGUGGGCGUGUCGCUGCCCAUCCCCCGUCAUUGUGCGGCGGGAGAUUGUUGCGAUGGUGUCGGAGGAGUAUUGUGUAUGUGCGUUAUACUAUACUAGUAGCUAUAGUGGUGUG